GACGUUGCUUGUAAAUAUCAAUUUACAGAGUGAGAGAAGAGUAAGAAAGAGAUAAUGGCUCACUUCACGGAGAGUUGGUGUUUGGGUCAUUGAUGUUCGUUUAAGGCUGACACCAACUACCAAGAAAAGUCUUUUUGGGGACCCUUAUCAUUUAAAACUUACACACACCAUUAUUAUAUAUAUGUGUGUGGGUGGUUUAAUAAAUAUAAGUUGUUGGUGUAGAAAUUAGGGCAUUUUACAGUGAAGGGAGAUAUUGAUUUUUCAUGGCAAUUCCAAGCUUGGUUAGAGCAGCACUUGUGUUGGGAGUGGUUGUUGUUGUUGCUGCUGCUGCCGCCACUGCCAGUGUUGAACUUGCAAUUACCACUGAUCACUAUAUUCUCAAAGGGAAGGUCCUUUGCCUCGACUGUCAUGCCUCUUAUGAUCUUGCUGGGAUCGUUGUGAUGGCGAAGUGCGAAAAGGUUGGGAAGGUAGUUACAGCAACGACGGCCAAAGAUGGGGGUUUCGAGGCCGAGCUGCCUUCAGAUGAGUGCGAGGCCAGGCUCGCCGGCGGUCGGAACCAGCUCUACGCCGCCACAAAAGACAUGGUAGCUGGAAUCGUGAAAGGCGUUGGUGGGUCCGAUGAAAUCUAUGGCAUCUCCACUCCGUUGGCGUUUUGCAGUUCUUGCCGGUGCCGGUCGAUCGGCGCCAGUAGUACUGAAGCGGAGAAAUACUGCAAAGUCGUCGCCGGGAAGUUUGGAUCGUCGAAGACCUUCAACCUGCCUCUGCCGCCGGAGUGGGGGAUGGCCCCUUCAAGCUAUUACUUUCCUUUCUUCCCUAUCAUUGGCAUCCCUUAGAUAAUAUAAUUUACACUAAUUUCUUUGCUUUUCUAGUAGUGUGUUGUUGAUAAUGAUACAUAAAUAUAUGUGUGUGUUUAUGGCAAUUAAACUUUAAUGUUAAUGUUUAGAUACAUAUAUAUGUGUGUGUGUGUAUUUAAUGGGUUUUUUUUAUAAAUAGUUUGGUGUCUUUGUCUUCAAA